CGACACUCUAAUUCACUCUCGGCGACGAUGGCAUAAACCCUAGUCUGCGACCUCUUUUCCCUCAAGCAUUCAAAUCUCUGUCGCAAACUCUUUAAUCUAUCUCCAAAUGAAUCCCAAAAAGAUGGACACUGGCUCCAAAGACUUAAUCAGCAGUCUCCCAGACGCACUUAUCUGCCACAUCUUAUCCUUCCUCUCCACAAAGGACGCAGCUUUAACCUCAGUCCUCUCUCAAAGAUGGAGAAAUCUGCUAGCUUUUGUACCGAAUCUCGAUCUUGACAACACCAUCUACGACCGUCCUAAAAUGGGCCGAAAGAGAAGGCGCCAUUUGCGCAAAAGCUUCAAGCUUUUUGUGGAAAGAGUCAUGGCCUUGCAAGGAAACGCUCCAUUGAACAAAUUCUCUCUAAGGUGUAAAAUCGCUUGUGUUACAUCUCCUGUCAACCGUUGGGUACUUAAUGCGUUGGAGCGUGGUGUGGUUGAUCUUGAUCUGUACAUCUCUUCCGAACACGAGUAUCCUUUACCUCCACAGGUUUUGAUGAGCAAGACGUUGGUUAGGCUUAAAGUAGCUGGUACUGAUGAGUUCAUCAUCGAUGUCAAAGAAGUUUCUCUUCCGAAGCUCAAGACUUUGCAUAUGAAUGAUGUUUCUUUCGCUGACGAGAGUGGUGCUGCGUUUGGGAAGCUAGUUUCUGGUUGUCACGCGCUUGAGGAGUUGGUUAUGGUUAAAAUGUAUUGGGACUUUGGUGGCUCCUGUUCUGUCUCAAACCCAACUCUCAAGAGACUAACCAUCCGUACUCCAAACAUUGAUGAGAUUCCAGAGAGUGUAUCUUUCGACACUCCUAAUCUCGUCUACUUAGAUUUUACUGAUGUUGUUGCGGCCAAGUAUCCUAAAGUGAAGCUUGAUUCGCUUGUUGAAGCUAGUGUAGGCAUUAAAAUGACACCUAACCAGGUCUUUCGCGGAAGAGAUUUAGUAAACCGACAUUACGGUUAUAAGUUAAGCAAGGUGGUAAAUGCAACAGAUUUUAUCAUGGGAAUAAGUAAUGUUAAGAUCCUUUACCUUUCUUCUCAGGCUCUUGAGGCCCUUACUUUCUGCUGCAAAGCAAUACCAGUCUUCAACAACCUGAUUCAUUUAACAAUUGAGACUGACCAAGACGUGGAUUGGGAAUCAUUGCCGAACCUACUCAAGAACUGUCCAAAUCUAGAAACUCUUGUUUUUGAAGGACUCCAUUACGGAGACACAAAUCAAUGUUUUGAUGUUGGAUACCGUUUCAAAGAUACAAACGAAUGUUUUGUGACGGGUGCGGACAGGUGUGUAUGCAAACCAUGGGAUGGCAUUCCUGUUUGGCUAUCAUCAAGCCCUGUGAAGAAGCUGAAGGUAUUGAAGUUUGGAGAGGUCACUUAUUAUAAGGAUGACAUGGAUAAACAGACGGAUCUGAUGAACUACUUUGUGGAAACCAUGCCGAAUCUUGAAGAAGUUGUGUUAUACUAUGAUACUCCGUUUGACAGUGAUCUGGAAAUAAUAUCACACGGAUUUCAGAUGCUUGAGAAAGUAGCCUCAACCAAAUGCAAUAUCCAAGUAAUCUCUGAUACCAUUAGCUUCUCAACUACUGUGUACUCUUCUGCUUCAUCGACAAGUGGGCUCGUCUUCUUCAAGAACACCUUCCCGGUUUGAAGAUAAUCCUUGCUACAUUUGUCGGAGAAGAUUAGCAAAAGCGCUCUUUCAGCUUCUCCAUAAGUACUUUCUUGUUAUUCAUGUCUUUGUAAAGUUUGCUACACU